GUUGUCCUCUUUCUGGUUUUUGUGCUGCAGGUCGAAGGUUUCACACCCAGCGCUUCAACACCAAACUGAAACAUGUCAGCCAAGGUUGCCGUGGUAACUGGAGGGAAUAAAGGCAUUGGGCUCGCCAUCGUCCGAGCGCUCUGCAAGCAGUACCAGGGAGAAGUUUACCUCACGGCCAGGGAUGCAGAUCGAGGUCAGGCAGCGUUGGAGUCUCUGGCCUCUGACGGUCUGAAGGCCCUGUUCCGUCAGCUGGACAUCGAUGACCUGAACAGCGUCAUCUCAGCUGCUGCGUUCUUCAAGGAGAAGUAUGGAGGAGUGGACGUCCUCGUCAACAACGCUGGGAUUGCUUUCAAAGUCGCAGACACGGCUCCUUUCGCUGUCCAGGCUGAGGUGACCCUCAAGACAAACUUCUUUGCCACCAGAGACAUGCUGACUCACUUCCUGCCACUCAUCAAAGCUGGAGGUCGUGUGGUGAACGUGUCGAGCUUCGUCAGCUGCCGAUCUCUGAACCAGUGCAGCCCUGAGCUCCAGCAGCGUUUCCGCAGCGAGGACAUCACUGAGGACGAGCUGGUGGGACUGAUGCAGAGAUUUGUGGACGAGGCCAAGACUGGCGAGCACAAGCAAGGCGGCUGGCCGGACACGGCGUACGGAGUGUCCAAACUGGGACUGACGACGCUGUCCAUGAUUCUGGCUCGUCGUCUGUCCAAGGAGAGACCAAACGAUGGGAUUUUGCUGAAUGCCUGCUGUCCAGGAUGGGUGCGCACUGACAUGGCUGGCCCAAAAGCCCCCAAGUCACCAGACGAGGGCGCCGUCACUCCGGUGUACCUGGCUCUGCUGCCGCCCGGAGCCACAGAGCCUCAUGGGAAGUUUGUCUCCGAGAAGGAAGUUCAGACGUGGUGAAAAGCUUCCCCAAAGCCGAGCGCGUUAUGGCCACUGACUCCACUGAAACGUUUUGUUGAUAAAUGUAACAAAACCUUGGUAGUGAAACAAAAAUAUUCAACCAAAAACGCAACAUUUCAAGGAAUAACAUUAAUAAAUAACAAAACAAUAUGAUGGUAAGAUGCUAAGUUGUCCAACUGUGUGUUGAGAUGUUGCACAAUGUGAUGGCUUCAUGUUGCCUUCUGUGGUAAAAAUUGUUUUUUUAUAUAUUUUACGUGAAUAAAAUGGUCCAUAACUAGAUGAAAAUAACUUACUCUGUAUGA